CUCCCAUCCUUAAUCUAUGACAUCGUCAUCCACUUUGUUUACUUGAGGAACAAUCAAACUAAGCCUAAAGCUCUUCAACCUCCUCUAAUGACUUCCAGCUCUACUUCAUUCCUGUUAACCACCACCCCGGGUGCAAAGUUUAACCGGAGAAAACCGGUGUUAACCGUGUUGGCUGCCAAACAGACAGGGUUUCAGCUCGGGAAACCCAAGGGCGAUGAUGACUCGGAGGGAAAACAAACCGGGAAAUCGCCAGAUUCGAACCCUUUCCGGUUUGAUUUCGGUAAGUUACCUGACAUGAAGUCUUUGAUGCCGGUCGUGUCGAACCCUUCGACCGGUUUAGCUUUUGGUAACAGCAGAAGAAAAGAUCCCGGUACGGUUUUUGUGGCUGGUGCUACGGGACAAGCCGGUAUACGUAUAGCUCAAACGCUCUUGCAACGAGGAUUCAGCGUUCGAGCCGGUGUUCCUGAUCUUGGAGCCGCUCAGGACCUUGCUCGUGUUGCGGCUACUUACAAGAUUCUAUCAAAGGAUGAGAUAAAGAGGCUAAACGCGGUGCAAUCGCCAUUCCAAGACGCGGAAUCAAUCGCAAAAGCCAUUGGAAACGCGACCAAAGUUGUGGUUACCAUCGGGGCGACAGAGAACGGUCCAGACGCCCCAGUCUCGACCUCAGACGCGCUGGUCCUUGUCCAAGCGGCUGAGCUAGCAGGCGUAAGCCACGUGGCGAUCGUUUACGACGGGAGCAUCAGCGGAUCAACAUACAACGUACUCGACGGGAUAACUUCGUUCUUCAACAACUUGUUCGCUCAAUCUCAGCCGUUGAGUAUCUCUGAGUUCAUCGAGAAAGUGGCUCAAACUGACGUGGCGUACACGCUCAUAAAGACGAGCUUGACGGAGGAUUUCUCCCCGGAGAAUUCUUAUAACGUCGUCGUUUCAGCUGAAGGGAGUAAUAGCCGAAGUGGCAGUAGUUCAUCCGAGGCGUACAAAGUAUCAAAGUUGAAGAUUGCCUCGCUGGUUGCAGACAUUUUCGCUAACACGGCCGUGGCAGAAAAUAAGGUAGUGGAAGUUUCUACAGAUCCAUCUGCACCGUCACGGGCAUUGGAUGAGCUUUUCAGUGUGAUCCCUGAAGACGGGAGGAGGAAAGUGUACGCAGAUGCGAUAGCAAGGGCAAGAGCCGAGGAAGAAGCUAAAGUCGCAGCAGAGAGAGCCCGAGAGGCUGCGGAAGCAGCCAAAGAGCUCGAGAAGCAAAUGCUGAAGCUCUCCGAGAAAGAAGCAGAAGCUGCAAGCCUCGCUGAGGACGCGCAGCAAAAAGCAGAAGCUGUGGGAAUCUCGGUGGACGGUCUAUUUAACAAGGCCAAAGAUAUCGGAUCAGGACUCUCCUGGAACACGCUCGGUUCUCAGAUCGCUACCGCGGUUCAGAACGCUUCAGAAACGCCAAAAGUGCAGGUCGCUACCGUCAGAGGACAGGCGAAGGCGAGAAACUUGCCACCCAAGAAAGCAGUGGUGAAACCACCAGCCGCUGCUGCGUUUGCGUCCAAACAAAAGGAAGAGCGUGUGAAGAAACCAGAGAAAGAGGUGAGGAAAGUGUUCGGAGGACUGUUUAAGCAGGAGACCAUCUACGUCGACGACGAUUGAAUACGCCAUUGGACGAUAUCGCUGUUGAGUUCCGUACAGUUCUUUCGCUCUGUUUCAACUUAAAUGUCUGCAACUCUAUAACUAUCUAUAAAUCAGUUGUUCAGCGUUGAGAUCCUUUAUGAGAACGAA